AUGAGUGGCACACAGUCUACUAUCACCGACAGGUUUCCCCUCAAAAAACCUAUAAGGCAUGGAAGUAUUUUGAACCGAGAGUCACCAACAGAUAAGAAGCAGAAAGUUGAGCGCAGUACAUCACAUGAUUUUGACCCCACAGAUAGCUCCUCCAAGAAGACAAAGUCUAGUUCAGAGGAGAGUAGAUCCGAGAUAUAUGGUCUUGUUCAGCGUUGUGUGAUCAUCCAGAAGGAUGACAAUGGAUUUGGGCUGACGGUCAGUGGAGACAAUCCAGUGUUCGUACAGUCUGUCAAAGAAGAUGGAGCAGCCAUGCGGGCUGGAGUACAGACAGGUGAUCGAAUCAUCAAGGUGAAUGGAACACUGGUGACUCAUUCAAACCAUUUGGAAGUGGUGAAGCUAAUCAAAUCUGGUUCCUAUGUAGCUCUCACUGUUCAGGGACGCCCACCUGGGUCGCCCCAGAUUCCACUUGCUGAUUCUGAAGUAGAACCAUCAGUCGUUGGACAUAUGUCUCCCAUCAUGACAUCCCCUCAUUCACCUGGAGCAUCUGGGAAUAUGGAGAGAAUUACUAGUCCUGUGCUCAUGGGGGAAGAAAACAAUGUGGUUCAUAACCAGAAAGUAGAAAUUCUGAGAAAAAUGUUACAGAAAGAACAGGAACGGCUUCAGCUAUUGCAGGAAGACUACAACCGAACACCUGCUCAGAGAUUGCUAAAAGAGAUCCAAGAGGCCAAGAAACACAUUCCUCAGCUGCAAGAGCAGUUAUCCAAAGCCACAGGCUCUGCUCAGGAUGGAACUGUAGUUACAUCCUCCAAGCCAUUAGGUGACGGCCUAGCAGUCGGUGAAGGAGAAGCAGACACUGGUGAUGGACUCGGCAGACUUGACUGCGGCAGCGGAGAUACUUCUCGGCCCAGUAGUGACAGUGCUGAUAGUCCCAAGAGUGGCUUGAAAGAGAGGAUUUAUCUAGAGGAAAACCCAGAGAAAAGUGAAGCAAUUCAGGACACUGACACUCAGUCACUUGUUGGGAGUCCCUCUACCCGUGUGCCACCUCAUAUUAUUGGAGCAGAGGACGAUGACUUUGGUAGUGAACAUGAACAGAUCAAUGGGCAGUGCAGCUGUUUUCAGAGCAUUGAACUGCUAAAAUCUCGCCCGGCUCACUUGGCUGUUUUCUUACACCAUGUAGUUUCCCAGUUUGACCCUGCAACAUUGCUCUGUUAUCUCUAUUCAGACCUAUAUAAACAGACCAAUUCCAAGGAGACCCGUCGUGUCUUCCUUGAGUUUCAUCAGUUCUUCCUGGAUCGAUCUGCGCACCUGAAAGUUUCUGUUCCUGAUGAAAUAUCUGUAGAUCUAGAAAAAAGAAGACCAGAGCUUAUUCCUGAGGAUCUACAUCGCCACUAUAUCCAAACUAUGCAAGAAAGAGUCCACCCAGAAGUUCAGAGGCACUUGGAGGAUUUUCGGCAGAAGCGCAGCAUGGGGCUGACCUUGGCUGAAAGCGAACUGACGAAACUUGAUGUGGAGCGAGACAAGGACCGGUUAACUUUGGAGAAAGAACGGGCAUGUGCAGAACAGAUUGUUGCCAAAAUUGAAGAAGUGUUGAUGACUGCUCAGGCUGUAGAAGAAGAAAAGAGUUCGACAAUGCAAUAUGUUAUUCUCAUGUACAUGAAACAUUUGGGAGUAAAAGUGAAAGAACCUCGAAAUUUGGAGCACAAGCGAGGUCGGAUUGGAUUCCUUCCAAAAAUCAAGCAAAGUAUGAAGAAAGAUAGGGAAGGCGAAGAAAAAGGGAAGCGAAGAGGAUUCACCAGCAUCUUGGGACCCCCUCGGAGACCAAGCCGCCAUGACAACAGUGCAAUUGGCAGAGCCAUGGAACUACAGAAGCAGCGCCACCCUAAGCACUUGUCCACACCCUCAUCCGUGAGUCCUGAACCCCAGGACUCUGCGAAGUUGCGCCAAAGUGGAUUAGCAAGCGAAGGAGCAGACAUUGGAUACCUGCCAGCCAAUUCCACAUCCUCCAUGGUUUCAGGGGCCACUCUUUCCCAGGAAGGAGGGAAAGAGAAUGAUAUGGGAUCAAAACAAGCUGGAGAAACGCCGGCAUCUGGAGACUCCUUGGAUGGCACUCCUCGUACUCCCAACACCAUCUUUGAUUUCCCACCUCCUCCAUUAGACCAGGUGCAGGAGGAGGAAUGGGAAGUGGAAAGAGUGACUGAACAUGGGACACCAAAGCCCUUUCGAAAGUUUGACAGCAUAGCUUUUGGAGAAAGUCAAAGUGAGGAUGAACAGUUUGAAAAUGACUUAGAGACGGACCCACCCAACUGGCAACAGCUUGUCAGUCGAGAAGUGUUAUUGGGACUAAAGCCUUGUGAGAUCAAAAGACAGGAAGUAAUUAAUGAAUUAUUCUACACUGAAAGAGCUCAUGUUCGAACAUUGAAGGUUCUAGAUCAAGUGUUUUAUCAGCGAGUGUCCAGAGAAGGAAUUUUGUCACCUUCAGAACUACGUAAAAUUUUUUCAAACUUAGAAGAUAUUCUUCAACUUCACAUUGGGUUGAAUGAGCAAAUGAAGGCUAUUCGGAAGAGGAAUGAGACCUCUGUUAUUGAUCAGAUUGGGGAAGAUUUGCUGAUCUGGUUCAGUGGACCCGGGGAGGAAAAGUUGAAACAUGCUGCUGCUACCUUUUGCAGUAACCAGCCCUUUGCCCUGGAAAUGAUCAAGUCUCGCCAGAAAAAGGAUUCUCGAUUCCAGACUUUUGUGCAAGAUGCUGAGAGUAAUCCACUCUGUCGUCGUCUGCAGCUAAAGGAUAUCAUUCCCACUCAAAUGCAAAGGCUUACUAAGUACCCUCUUCUCUUGGACAAUAUUGCCAAAUACACAGAGUGGCCUCCAGAAAGGGAGAAGGUGAAGAAAGCUGCAGAUCACUGUCGUCAGAUCUUAAAUUAUGUGAACCAGGCUGUUAAGGAGGCAGAGAACAAGCAGCGCUUGGAAGAUUAUCAGCGUCGCCUUGAUACCUCUAAUCUGAAGUUGUCAGAAUACCCAAAUGUUGAAGAGCUCAGGAAUUUGGAUUUAACAAAGAGGAAGAUGAUUCAUGAAGGCCCAUUGGUUUGGAAGGUGAAUAGAGAUAAAACUAUUGAUCUAUAUACAUUGCUGCUGGAAGAUAUUCUUGUAUUGUUACAAAAGCAGGAUGAUAGACUGGUGUUAAGGUGUCACAGUAAGAUUCUGGCAUCUACAGCUGACAGCAAACACACAUUUAGCCCUGUCAUCAAGUUGAAUACGGUGUUGGUUCGACAAGUGGCAACAGAUAACAAAGCUCUAUUCGUCAUCUCCAUGUCUGAUAAUGGAGCGCAAAUUUAUGAACUGGUGGCACAGACAGUUUCUGAAAAGACUGUCUGGCAGGACCUAAUAUGUCGGAUGGCCGCAUCCGUGAAGGAGCAGUCCACAAAGCCGAUCCCACUGCCACAGCCACCACCGUGCGAAGGAGACAACGAUGAAGAAGAACCUCCAAAAUUAAAAGUGGAACAUCAUGACAUUUCAGUCACUGGUCUGCAGAGUCCAGACAGAGAUUUGGGAUUAGAGUCUCCUUUAAUGUCAUCAAAACCUCAGUCUCAUUCGCUGGGUACCUCUGGGAAGUCGGAGGUAGAUGACCUCUUUGUGGCUGAGAGACAGUUUGCAAAGGAGCAGCAUGCAGACGGGACCCUGAAGGAAGUCGGAGUGAAUUAUCAAAUCACAAUCCCAGAUCCACACUUGCCUGUCUCAGAAGAACGGUGGGCGCUGGAUGCACUAAGGAAUUUGGGUUUGUUGAAGCAGCUGCUGGUACACCAGCUGGGCUUGACUGAGAAGAGCACUCAGGAAGACUGGCCACAUUUUCCAAGAUGCAGGACAGCCUCUCUGGGGGUGCAGGCAGACAGUGGAACCCAGAACCCUGAAAAUACUAAGGCCUGUCAUCCUGUUGAAGCACAGAUGCCCUUUAGAACUGGAACUGGUGACAUUUCAACUUGUUACAGUCCACGGACUUCAACUGAAUCUUCUGCUCCACGGGAUUCAGUGGCACUGAAUUCAGUGGCACGGGAUUCAGCACUGGCAUUCCAAGAGAGCCAGGCAAGUGACAUUUUAGUAAUGGACCACAUGAUUAUGACCCCAGAGAUGCCUCCCUCAGAGCCAGAAGGGGGUCUUGAUGAGAGUGGAGAGCACUUUUUUGAUGCCCGUGAAGCACAUAGUGAUGAUAAUCCAUCAGAAGGUGAUGGAGCAGUUAAAAAGGAAGAGAAGGAUGUUAAUUUGCGCAUCUCAGGAACCUAUCUGAUCCUUGAUGGCUAUGACCCAGUGCAGGAGAGCUCCACAGACGACGAGGUUGCUUCCUCGUUCCCUCUUCAGCCUGGAGCAGGCAUCCCCUCUCUGGACUCUGGACACCACCAGCAGCCUUCUCCCCAGAAUGCUCAUUCUGACGGGGCUGUUUCACCGUUUACCCCAGAAUUCCUGGUCCAGCAGCGCUGGGGAGCUAUGGAGGAUUCCCGUUUUGAGAUCCAGAGUCCCUCUGCUUGUGCCGAUUCACACAGCCAGAUCAUGGAGUACAUUCAUAAAAUAGAGGCUGACCUUGAACACUUAAAGAAGGUGGAGGAAAGUUACACCAUUCUUUGCCAAAGGCUGGCUGGAUCAGCCCUCACAGACAAGCACUCAGGUAUCAUUCGUCAUGCCCAGCUAGCGGAGGUGGGCAUGGGAAGCCAGCACUCUUGUGACCCAUGUUCCUCCCUGCAGCCCUGGGUGGCCAAGAAGUGCCUAGCCACCACCGAGGCCACAGUCUCCAGAAACCAGCACGCUCUUCCCUCGCGCUGUUCCCCCAGAGCCCCACCAGGAGGCGCCCUUUGCCCGCCGAAGCGGGCCGGGCUCGAACUCCUCCGGGCCGGGGUGGGCACCCCUUUGCGCAGGGCGGUGCUGGGUGCGGGUUGCACCCGGGGUCCCCCGGAGGUCGAUCCAGCGCAGCGCCCGCACCGCGUCCUGCGGCCGCUUGAUGAGUUUCUGCUGGGUUUGAGGGUGCGGCAGGGAGACUGCAGCCACAUUGCUACCCAGUGUCGCGGAAGGAAGGGGGCUGUCCACGGAGCUGACCCCAUCACUGGAGCCGACCCGGUGCAGACAGCAGCCUGCUCUCAGGAGGCCCCGACCUCCAACUACUGCUGUGCCAAGGUGGCCCGUCUGAGGCUUAAAUCAACCCCGACUGCAAGGCCAUCGGCCGUGUUCUUGGAGCUGCCUGCUGACAGCAUUCAGGAGCCGGGGCUGACUCUUUCUCUCCUGGUUUUAGCAGUGUGGGCCAUGUGUUAUGACCACAGAGGAUUCAGGGACUGGAAGGAGCCCUCCGAGGUCAUUUUGCCUCCCUGGCCUCUGCCCUCGGCUAGCACCUUCUGA